GUUGUGAAAUAAAUAAAUAAAUAAAUACAUAUUAAAAUAAAUAAAAUAAAACAAGGAAAAGUAGAUAAUCGGUUCGUCGUCGCGUUUGUAGGGGACAACUGCAGAAAUCGGGUGUGUUUCAUUCGGAUUUGUGUGUUAGGGCGAUGCACGCGCGUGCAAACGGUGUGAAGUCGUAGAGAAGUUUGCGUGAAGGCGUUAUUAGCCGCCUGGCUAGCCUGCUCACGCGCGCUCGCAGGCUCCAGUUUUGUUCAUCCUGCAGAAGAAUAAAAGGUCAGACCAGACGCCAGACAGAAAGAGAAAACGGUCAGGUGAUAGUGACCGAACGAUACACAACAAAACUGACCUGGAACACUCGCCCUCAUGUGCAUGUUCACUCUCAAUUAAAAAGAAAAAAAGAAAAUAUUUUUAUCUAUAUUACAAAUUUUCCCCCACUUAAGCUCUUAGUCAGUUUUUGGCAGCUAUCAGUUCACUGAUACAGAGCUCACGAACACCACACAUACAGGUGACAUCGUACAUCAUCACUGCUCCUGCUGUCUCGCUCGCCCAGCAGAACCUUUGAGCCCUGAGAACACGAAGAACAUGACUGCUGAGACACUUAACUUCGGUCCAGAAUGGCUCCGUGCACUGUCCAGAGGAGGGAGCAUCACGUCCCCUCCUUCUUCCCCAGCAAUGCCAAAGUCCAAGCUGGCUGAUUACCGCUACGGCCGGGAGGAAAUGUUAGCACUUUACAUCAAAGAUAACAAGGUCCCUGAGGAUCUGCAGGAUAAGGAGUUUGCUGCCAUCCUGCAAAACGAGCCACAGCAGCCUUUGGCUCUUGUGUCUCUGACCGAGGAGGAGCAGAGGAACUUCUCCAUGUCGGUGAACAGCGUCGCUGUGCUCAGGCUCAUGAGCAAAGGGGUCGGGGCUGCCACAGUGGGUGUGUCCCGAAGCCGGGGGAACGGUAGAGGAGGACGAGGGAGAGGAAGAGGAGAAGGAGGAUUCUACCAAAGAGGAGUGGACGAAGACGUGGGGUUUGGACGCAGUCGAGAGUUGCACCACAGCCAAAGCUGGGAUGACCGAGGUGACCGUCGUUUUGAGAAGCCGCUGAGAAGAGAGGGAGGACGUGGAGGUUUCGAGGACGGAGGAACGGGGAAGAAGGAUUACAAUCGCUCUGACAGUGAUAACUGGCGCACACUGCGUGAGGAGCUGGAUGAAGAGGAUGGAGGUGAAGACCCGGGUGUUCGCUGGAGGAUGGCUGUGACUCGCCGUGAUGACGGAGGCCAGCGCUCGGCUGGAUGGAGAGAGCAUGCAAACGGGGACGGGCGGCGCAGGAAGUUCGACUUUGAUUUCCGGGAUGGUGAUGGUGUCCGGCGGAGGGCAGGGAGCGAGGGAGGAGAGGAAGACAGAGACAGGCUCCCGGAGUGGUGCACUGAUGAAGACGAGGGAGAGAUGGGCAUGUUUGAUUCAUCUGGAGCAUUUAUGUGCAUUAAGAAAAUGUCAAAAGACCAGGAGUUCGAGUUUGAGGCUUUAGAGGAGGAAGACGAGCCCAAGUGGGAGAAGAACGACAGCUCUUUUGAGAAAGCGGAGGACACCGAAGGACACUCCGGAGCGCUUGAUGGUGGAGAGAUAAAAACUACUACUACUGUUACUACUACUACAACUCCUCCUGCCUCCGUUUAUGUUUCCGCUCUCAACUUAGAACGGGAAACACACCAGUCGUCUGUUGCUCCGCCCAUAAAGUUCAGCCUCCAGAUUAAUGAAGACACAGUUCCAGUAGGGGGCAACACUCAACCACCUCAGAGCUCUCCUGCAGGAACUUCUCCACUCCUUCUCACCUCUCCUCCUGUCUCCACCACUGACAUCCUGCCACCUAGUGGUGACACCGAGGAGGAGGACGGCAUGACGCACAUGCAGCAGGAGGCAGAGAAGAUGGUGGCAUCUCUUCAGGACACAUCUCUGGAGGAGGAACGUUUCACGCAGGCACUGCAGGAGAGCCACGGAGCUGCUGUCACUCACACACACGCACACCCCAUUGCGCGCGCACACUCCCACCCCAACACACACACACUGCCUCACUCAGCUGGAGCCCUGCCUCUCACUCACGAGUCAGCCAUGAAGUGGUUCUACAAAGACCCUCAAGGAGAGGUCCAAGGCCCAUUCAGUCCAGUGGAGAUGUGUGAGUGGUUCCAGGCCGGUUAUUUUACCAUGACCCUGUUAGUUAAGAGAGGUUGUGACGAAGGCUUUCAGCCUCUAGGAGAAGUCAUAAAGAUGUGGGGACGUGUGCCUUUCUCUCCGGGACCAUCACCUCCUCCCCUGCUGGGCAACAUAGACCAGGAGAUGUUGAAGAAGCAGUAUGAGCAGGCAACCAAUGCAGCUCUCUACCAGCAGCUCCAAAUGAGAUUCCCACACGUUAACAACAGAUGUGGUGAUGCAGGAAUGAUGACUUCUAUGAACCGGUCAGUGUCAGAAUCCUGGGACAUUCAUACCUCAUCCUCACAGACAUCAGGUGCUGAUGUCGGUCUGUGGGAUUUGACCAUUACUAAUUCUCCUCAGGGUCCAACUCUUGAGCAGCUGCAGAAACUCCAGCAGGAGAGGCGUGAAGCUGAACUCAGGGUGAAGAGGGAGGAUGAGGAGCGAAAACGUCGGGAGGAGAAGAGAAGGCAGCAGGAGGAGCAGAAGAGGAGAGAGGAGGAGGAGUUGUAUAGACGCAAACGCGAGCAGCAGUGUCGUCAGCAGGAGCUCCUCAUGAAGCUGCUCCAGCAGAGUCAGCAGCGGGAUGUGCAGGGAGGAGCAGGCUGGAGCUCGGUUCAGGCAGGGACGCUUUCUCUGGGGAAAUCUCAGGGAAAGAACCUCGGUCUGCUAGAGCAGCAACAGCAGAGAACUCAGCAGAGGCAUUCAAUGGGGCAGUGGAGCGACGGCUCAGUGGGAAUGUGGACGGGAAUGGAAGGGAAGAUUAGCAGCAGUAGUAGCAGUAUGGGCAUCUGGGACGAGGCGCUUAAAAACCAGGCCAACCAUUGUAACGUGGGCAUGAAGACCAGCAUGAGUGCCCCCUCAUUCAGUAGCGAGCAGUACAUGAUCAAUCGGAAUCGGAAAAGAACAGAGGAAGAGGAGCGACUGCUGAAGCUGUUACAAGGCAUGAAGCCUCAGCAGGACGGAUUCACCACGUGGUGCGAACAAAUGCUGCACGCUCUCAACACCUCAACCAACAACUCGUCCUCCUCUGUGGAUGUGGCCACCAUUGUGGCGUAUCUAAAGGAAGUGGAUUCACCAUACGAGGUUCACGACUUUAUCCGCUCAUACCUGGGUGACACGGUAGAAGCCAAAGAGUUUGCCAAGCAGUUCCUGGAGCGUCGUGCCAAGCAGAAGGCCAACCAGCAAAGACAGCAGCAGCAGCUGUGCAAAGAGAUCGCAGGACUGAAUAUGAACUUCCCCUUACAGUCUGUUUUCCAGACGAAUCACAUGAGCAAAAGCAGCAGCAUGUACAACAGCCAGGGUGGGAAAAUGAAAAAACCCAGCACGAUGCUCCACUCGGAUCCCAGUGUCAUCGGUUACUCGUUUUUGGGCUCGAGCGAUCGGAUGAUGCUGGGAGAGAUGGAGGCAGUGGAGGAUUACUGAUCCAGCAGAACCUUACUUGAGUAUACCUGAGGCCUUAACCUGGAGCAAACUAGCAGACGAAUGUGCACUGUUCUCUCCCUCACUCCAUCCCUCCCUCCACUCUCUUAUGUCUCGCAUUCUGGAUAAUUAUGGAGAGUGGAUCAGAGGGGCGGUGUGUGUUCGGAGAGAGCUCUCACACCUCUUUGUCAAAGCACCUUAACUAAGCUAUUGCACUUUAUUACCAGAGUUUCAAUAUUUGAAAUCGAGUGUUUGACUUUAUUUUUUUUUUUGUUUUUUUUUUUGUUUUUUUUUUACAAAUUCAGAAAUGUGUGAAUAUCUCGAUACACACGUUAUGUGUAGAACCAUUUAUAUACAGAAGCAUAUGUGAGUUGCACGAACGUGCACGUGUGUGUGUGUGUGUGUCGGCGUGUGAGGAGGCAUUCUUAAAAGACAAACACUGUCGUAUUUUCUUUUUUUUUUAUAAAAGCUAUAUAAUAAAAAAAAAACUUGAAAUUUGCACUUGUUUAAGAAAAAAGUGGGGGGAAAAGUAAACAAAAAAAAAGAAUUCGUUUAGGAUAAUAUUUUUGGAGUGUGUGAGCGGUUUGAAGAAAAGUCUGCACAAAGAACUUUAUUACAGAGACUUAUAAACGAAACGCCAUGUUAUUAUUUUGUUCAAGAAAAUUUUUUUAUAUUUCAACAUAGUGUGUGUGAGAGAGCGUGAGGAGAUACGAGUGUGUGCUAAUUUCCUUUUCAAUUGUACAGAUUUUUUUUAUUAUUUUUUUAAAGAGACAUAUGAUAACAUGGGACUGUGUGUGUGUCUUGUCAGUGGUGCUGUAUUGUUUUUCUCCUCUGUUUUGUUGAGGAUGUUUAAGUGUUAGGCCUCGUUCCAAUCCCACGUUUUUAACACACCCCCUUGUUGACUUGGCGCCUAGACAUAACUGAGUACGAGUAACAUUUCAGAGCCUUGGCGAGCCAUUUAGCCGUUAUUGGUGUGUGGAGCGAUUGAGUGCGUAACUCUGAGCGAGCUGAUAAGCAGUGUUGAAGUGUUAAUAGUGUAGCGCUUCUAUUCUUCGUAAACACACCACAAAACUGUGUAACAUUUAUUUCUCCCUAUCCUGGAGGACCACAUGUGAACUAAUUGCCUUUUGUGUGUGUGUGUGUGUCUAAGAAAGAGACAACCUUACUUUUCAUUGUUUCAUUGCUGUUUAAGGAAAAAAAGGAUUUAUUUUUUUAUAGUUGCAUACAAAGUAUUUGAGACUCUUCUGUGAUCUGAUUUGGAGCACUUUCAAGGCUGCUACCCUUUUGUCAUAUAGUUCUUGUUUGUUUGGUUUUUUGUUUUGUUUUUUUUUUACAAUUAUUGUUUUUGGGGAACUUUAUUACAUUUGAAUGUAUUCCUAAAAUGUGUAACGGAGCAUUACGACGAGCCCCGGAGUUUUCACUCAUGUCAAAGUCUUGUCGGGCUUCGACACGGGGGAGAAAAGACAUUUUCAGAAGGAAACGGAAAUGUCCUGCUGUUCUUCCAGAACUUUCUCCAGCAGUGAACCUCGGGCCAAUCAGAGCCAAGGAUGUGCACCGUGUAGCAGUAGAUGCCUUUUUAUUUUUUAUCAUUUUAUUUUCAUUAUUUUAGUUUUUUUUGCAACGAGAAUUCAAAGAUGGUGCGUGGUUUUUUUUUUGGUUUUUUUUCCUUUCUUCUUUUCACCUUAAUAUCUUUAAGAUGAAGAGACUUUUAAAGCCUGAGGAUUAUUACUAUUGGUUUUCGGUACUUGAUCUAGAAGAAAGGAAAUGCAUUUCUUUCUUUUUUUUUCCUCCUCGUUAUGGAGUAUAUUUUUUGCAAAAGAACAAAAAAAAAUGUAAAAAGCAGCAAUAAGGACGACACCAUGCUCGAGGACAUGCUUUCUCAUAGCAAAAUGGACUGGUGUUCUGGUGGAGUGUUUAAAGUCCUCGAGAGUUGGACACAUGUAUCGGCCAUCUUGGAGAACUAGACUCAAGUUUCUUACACAUUUUGAGACAAGGUCUUGUUUGUCCUGCUGCAUUCACCAUCUUGUAGGAGAGGACUUGAGACUCCUACGGUGUGGAAAAAAGUAAGACUAUAUCAUAUGAAGGAAAACUCUAACACCAUGUUCUGCAAGAAACUCCUCAGCAGAACAGCUUCUGGAGAACAUUCGGGUGUGUUAGACACUUUGAUUUAGAUGAAAAAAAAAAAAAAAAAAGCACAAGUGACAAGCAGUGAUGCUUCCAUUACCUGCUGGUCUAGAACCCCAGAGAGAGUAGAAAACCCACUGCCGCAGGUCCUAAAGGAAGAGGAACGAGUGAAACCACAGAGUUUCAGCGUGAGGACAGCGUCCCUGUGAUCGGAGCCUGCUUUCUCCUGGAAAGAAGAAAGGAAAAAAAGACAUCAGAAUAUCCGCUGUGAGGCUUCCAACACACUGACCUGAAUACUCUCGCCUUCACGCUUACCUUCUGUUUCUAAGGCAUGUGCCGAUAAUCGUUCGUUCGAUAUCAUUACAAUACUCAAAUACGCAAGACUUCAGCAUUGUUCCAUUUAGUAAAAGCUGAGACUUAGUGUAAAUAACAGAAACCACACACUAGCAGCGCCUCUGUGCCAAGAGGAAGCCUGGAUCAGUUCACAGUGACAACUGCAGGUAAUCAUUUCUGGCCAAAGUGGAAAGAAAAUUCUACCGGGAAUAGAACGAAGAAAAAAAAAAUGUAUAUCAGCACAUGCCAACUAUUUUCAUUCUUUCUUCCUGCUUCAUUUCUUUUACUUUAAAUGUCCUCUUCAUGGUCAUCUAUAAAGGGCAGGGCUUAAGUUAAACCUGAUCAUGGCAUCAACACUAUAUUUUAGCAUGCUAACCAAGUUGGUGUUUGUUUUAUGAAAACGUCCAUGUUAUGGGUUAUAAAAGUUUAAUUCAUUUUCAACCAGACCUACGGUAUGUGAGGUAACAUUAAUACUAGCAAGCAUUCUCGUAGCUGGCUGGUCAAGCUGACCAAGAACGAUUUGAUUUUAAGCUCUGCCCUUUUUGUGUAUAUAAUGUACAAUUUUCUUUCUUUUUCUGAGAAAUGUCCCCCUUUUUGUAUUUUGUUGCCAUGCCUUAAACUGUACAGCAGACCAUUUUAUCUCGACUUGCUGGUUCACAAAGGCGAGUGUGUGUCAACAGUCGGAAUGCAAACACGCCCUCAUCUGGGGGCGCCCCCCUCAGCUCUGUAUAUACAGUUUCCAUGCUACAGCAGUUUUAAGGUAUUAUUAAAGAUUUUGAGAGCAAUUUUUAGCAAAAAAAAAAAAAAAAGGAUGAUAGCCCCGCCCAUUUUCCAUUCCUUUAUCCAGCAGCUACAGCAGAGAAGUGAUACGGAGGGCGGGGUUUGUGGAGUUUGUGCUUUGAGAAGAACAAAGUAUGAUAAACAGAAAAUAAAGAUUUUAAAGAUUGAAA